AUGGACUUUGGGGGUUCACCACUGACUCCCACUCCUUUCAGGUGCACCUGUAUGCGUCACUUUACACAGAAGAGCGCCUACACCAAACAUCAAUGUUUGUGUAUGCAAGGGAAGAAGCAAUUACUUUCUGCUUUAUCCAAAGCCAAAGACCUUUUGGACUUUGCCAAACGGUUGCGAGUGGACGGCAGUGGCAGACUGUAUGCCUGCCUUAGCACGACAUCUUCAAGUGUACAGCCCCACCACCCAUGUGACCUGUCUCUGUCCGCAAACCAGGUUAAUGAAGGAUCUGUUGCAGGGCCUUCCAACACUGACUCAAACCUGUCGGAAAUGCACCCCCAAAAGGAGGUUUCCUGUACAGCUUUCUUGUCGCUCAAUACUAAUUCAGGUGCUACACCUAUGGUGACAGAUGAUGACGAAGGCCUAUCACUGGCACAGCGGAGAAGCCGACAUGUUGAUGUCCCCAUGCCACUGCGUUACAGGCAGUACGAGGACACUCUUCCACAACCUCCCCCAAGUGUUUUGUUUAGCCAUACUGCCCUGCCACCAGAUCCCAACCCACCAGAAAAUCGCACUCAUCUUUCCACCGGUACUCGUACUUCGUUUCGGGGUCCUCCUUUCCGUACGGCUAAGAAUGUCUUCGGACUAGUACACCAGUUUUUCUCAUCAACCCCCCCCCCCCCCCCGUCUCACGACCCUGAAGAAGCUGUGAUGCUGCAAGACAUCAGCUCUGUCCCGGCUGUCACUCCAGCAGAGCCAGAUGCCCCCUGUGUGCCUCAUGACCUUACAUUUCACCCAUACCCCAACUGGUCUUCUUUUGAGCUCGGCCACUGGUACUGGAAUGGUGGCAUGCAGAAGUCUCAUCAGGACUUUAAGGAGUUGAUUGAUGUUGUUGGCGAUUCACAUUUUGAUCCUGACAAAGUGCGGAGUACACCAUGGGACAGGAUCAACUUGACAUUAGGUGCGAGUCAUGAUGAUGAAGAGGAAAACGAAUGGGAGGACGAGGAUGCGGGCUGGCGUAAAACCGAAGUCACCAUUGAAGUGCCUUUCUCUUGGACCACAGCCCAGCCAGGUUCUUGCCCGUAUGUGGCAGCAGACCUUUACCAUAGACCUCUCAUCUCCGUCAUUCGGGAAAAGCUCUUGAAUGCUCAGGAUGAUGAGCUUUUCCAUUAUGAGCCUUACGAGCUACAAUGGAGUGCUCCCCAUCUUCCCCAUGAAGUACACAUUCAUAGUGAACUGUACGCUUCACCAGCCUAUAUGCAUGCACACCGCGAGCUUCAGGAAUCUCCUGGAGAGCCAGGAUGUAACUUACCCUGUGUGGUUGUUGCACUUAUGUUUUGGUCAGAUGCUACGCACCUGACAACAUUUGGUAAUGCGAGGCUAUGGCCGGUGUAUAUGUACUUCAGUAAUGAAUUGAAAAUACCGCUAUUGUAA